AUGCAGCGGAACGGGAAGAAUGUUCCUCGGGGCGCUGGAGGUGGGCGGUGCACGGCACGCUUGCUCCCUAUUCACUUGUGCACUAGCAACGGCAAUUCACUUGAGGUACCCUCAGCAUUGAAGCCGAUCGCCGAAGAUAUUCAACAAGUCGCUAAUGCGUCAUCAAGCUUCCUGGGCCAGUCGGUCAAGCAGACAGCAAGUGGUUUGGGCAACAUGAUUACCGGUACCUCCGAUAUUGCAGCCAGAGCCGCUGGGCUCAUCCCAUUCCUCGGCGGAUAUUUCGAGAACAUGAUUGGUGGCACAGGAAGAUACUUCGGAAGUUAUGAGCGAAGCGCUCGGGAGUGGAAUUGGAAACAUGUUGGACGGAAGCGCGUCGUCACAGGUAACUAG